GAGAACAUGGCGCCGGGGAGCGGCGCGUGCUGAGCGACCGGAGCCGGGCCGGGCGGCGGGACAAGGCCGGUGCUGGCGGCGGGGCCGCCAGGGCUAUGCGGCAGCGGCUGUGCCCUGUGCUGAGCCGGGCUCUGCCGGGCUGGGCGCGCCCCUGGGCCGCCCCGGCCCCGCGCUUCUUCCCUCCGGGCCGGCGGCGCAGCUCUUUCGGCAAUAUCUUUCAGGAUCUGAACUAUACUUUUAGGCAAACUAGGUUUCAGAAGGAGACAAACAACAAAAUGAACAAUCCAGCUAUUAAGAGAAUAACAAAUGAAAUUAUCAAAUCACCUGAGGAUAAACGAGAAUAUCGUGGACUGGAACUGGCAAAUGGCAUUAAAGCUCUUCUCAUUAGUGACCCCACCACAGAUAAGUCUUCAGCAGCACUUGAUGUCCACAUAGGAUCCUUGUCUGAUCCCCCCAACAUUGCUGGGCUUAGUCAUUUUUGUGAGCAUAUGUUGUUCCUGGGAACCAAGAAAUACCCAAAAGAGAACGAGUAUAGCCAAUUCCUAAGUGAGCAUGCUGGGAGCUCAAAUGCUUUCACGAGUGGUGAACAUACCAACUAUUACUUCGAUGUGUCACAUGAACAUCUAGAAGGUGCACUAGACAGAUUUGCCCAGUUUUUCUUGUGCCCUCUGUUUGAUGAAAGCUGCAAAGACAGGGAAGUGAAUGCUGUUGAUUCUGAGCAUGAGAAGAAUCUGAUGAAUGAUGCCUGGAGGUUGUUUCAACUGGAGAAGGCUACUGGAAACCCCAAUCAUCCCUUCAGUAAAUUUGGAACAGGGAACAAACUCACUCUGGAAACUAGACCAACCAAAGAAGGAAUAGAUGUCAGGCAAGAGCUAUUGAAGUUCCAUUCUACUUAUUAUUCGUCAAAUUUAAUGGCUAUUUGUGUCUUAGGAAGAGAAUCUCUGGAUGAGCUGACUUGCCUAGUGGUAAAGUUAUUUUCAGAAGUAGAGAAUAAAAAUGUCCCUAUACCAGAGUUUCCUGAACAUCCUUUCCAAGAAGAGCAUCUCCGGCAACUUUACAAGGUGGUACCCAUUAAGGAUAUUAGAAAUCUUUAUGUCACAUUUCCUAUACCAGACCUUCAGAAAUACUAUAAAUCAAACCCUGGCCAUUACCUUGGUCAUCUGAUUGGGCAUGAAGGCCCAGGGAGUCUUCUAUCAGAGCUUAAAGCCAAAGGAUGGGUAAAUACUCUUGUUGGAGGCCAGAAGGAAGGUGCUAGAGGUUUCAUGUUUUUCAUCAUUAAUGUGGACUUGACAGAGGAAGGACUUUUGCAUGUUGAAGAUAUUAUUUUGCACAUGUUUCAAUAUAUUCAAAAGCUACGUACAGAAGGACCUCAAGAAUGGGUUUUCCAAGAGUGCAAGGAUCUAAAUGCUGUGGCAUUCAGAUUUAAAGAUAAAGAGCGACCACGAGGUUAUACAUCAAAGCUUGGAGGAAUGUUGCAUUACUAUCCAAUAGAAGAAGUAUUGGCUGCUGAAUAUUUGCUUGAAGAAUUCAGACCUGAUUUAAUAGAGAUGGUACUGGAUAAAUUGAGACCAGAAAAUGUUCGAGUUGCAAUAGUUUCCAAGUCUUUUGAAGGAAAAACUGAUCGAACAGAAGACUGGUAUGGAACACAGUACAAGCAAGAAGCGAUUUCUGAUGAAGUUAUUAAGAAAUGGCAAAAUGCUGACUUGAAUGGGAAAUUCAAGCUUCCGAUGAAGAACGAGUUCAUUCCUACAAACUUUGAGAUUUUGCCAUUGGAAAAAGAUGCAACACAGUACCCUGCCCUUGUCAAGGACACUGCUAUGAGCAAACUAUGGUUCAAGCAAGAUGACAAAUUUUUUUUGCCGAAAGCUUGUCUCAACUUUGAAUUUUUCAGUCGCUACAUUUAUGCUGAUCCUCUCCAUUGCAACAUGACAUACCUGUUUAUCAGGUUAUUGAAGGAUGAUUUAAAAGAGUAUACAUAUGCAGCACGCCUCUCAGGUUUGGUCUAUGGCAUUGCAUCAGGAAUGAAUGCAAUACUUCUCUCUGUAAAAGGUUAUAAUGACAAGCAACAUAUCUUGCUCAAGAAGAUCAUUGAGAAAAUGGCUACCUUUGAGAUUGAUGAAAAACGCUUUGAAAUCAUCAAGGAAGCGUACAUGAGAUCACUUAACAACUUCAGGGCUGAACAGCCUCACCAACAUGCAAUGUAUUAUCUCCGACUCCUGAUGACAGAAGUUGCUUGGACCAAAGAUGAAUUAAAAGAAGCUCUAGAUGAUGUCACCCUUCCCCGUCUCAAGGCCUUUAUAGCACAACUGUUGUCACGGUUACACAUUGAAGCUCUUCUCCAUGGCAAUAUAACAAAACAGGCUGCAUUAGGAAUUAUGCAGAUGGUUGAGGACACACUUAUUGAGCAUGCUCAUACAAAACCACUCCUUCCCAGUCAGCUAGUGAGAUACAGAGAAGUUCAACUUCCUGACAGAGGUUGGUUUGUAUAUCAACAGAGAAAUGAAGUUCAUAACAAUUGUGGCAUUGAGAUCUAUUACCAGACAGACAUGCAGAGCACUUCUGAGAAUAUGUUUUUGGAACUCUUUUGUCAAAUUAUCUCAGAGCCAUGCUUCAACACCCUGCGCACCAAGGAACAAUUAGGUUACAUUGUGUUUAGUGGUCCACGUCGGGCAAACGGCAUACAAGGACUGCGAUUUAUUAUCCAAUCUGAAAAGCCCCCCCACUAUUUAGAAAGCAGAGUUGAAGCGUUCUUAAAGACUAUGGAGAAAUGCAUAGAAGAUAUGACAGAAGAGGCCUUCCAAAAACAUAUCCAAGCUUUAGCAAUUCGUCGUCUAGACAAACCAAAGAAGCUGUCUGCAGAAUGUGCUAAAUACUGGGGAGAAAUCAUUUCCCAGCAGUAUAACUUUGACAGAGAUAACAUUGAAGUGGCUUAUCUAAAGACCCUGACCAAGGAUGAUAUUAUACAGUUCUACAAGGUGCUGUUGGCAAUAGAUGCUCCCAGAAGACACAAGGUAUCAGUGCACGUCCUUGCAAGGGAAAUGGAUUCCUGCCCUGUUGUUGGAGAAUUUCCAUGCCAAAAUGAUGUGAACCUGGCACCAGCACCACCACUACCACAGCCAAGUGUGAUUGAAAAUAUGACAGAAUUCAAGCGCAGUCUGCCGCUCUUUCCACUGGUGAAACCACAUAUCAAUUUCAUGGCUGCAAAACUGUGAAGAACCCCACUGGAUGAAGAAAUGCCGAUGAGCAGUACUGACAUGGUUUCAGGGGACUUCGUGAUGAACAAAAUUAUUAAAGAUCACUAGGAUAAAUGGUUCUGUUCAUUAUGAAAGUCCCAAAUUCCUUCUUGGUUCGUUUGACAUUAGCUGUGUGUUAGGGAUAGAGAGUAUAUAAAAAUCAGUUGUGGUCAUGUGUCAUUUAUAUUACAGACAACCUGUUGAAAAACAAAAUCAACUGAAACAAUAAUAAUAAAAAACUUGUAGAUGCAGUAUAUUUUUAAAAAUAGCAUAUCCCUUCAAAUUUUCAUUUUGAUGAAAUAACCCUCCAGAGCAAACUAAAUGGCUUGAAAUGUGCUUGUUACUUCUGAAGAAUACUGUUUAGUAUCCCAAUAAUUAUCUUAUUGGGGGCUGGAGGGGGUGAGAAAAGUAAGUCCUUUUUGGGAUGGAGUCAACAAUUUUUCUUAAAAAUAGAGACUUCCACAUUUUUUUUAAGUGACGUGUUGAAUGAUACUUUUUUAAUUGAUCCUUAAUGCAACCAACAUAUUUUCUAUUUUAAGUUUUAUGAAGACCAGUGGGGGGGGGAAAAAAGGAAAUUUGACAACACAGUAGUAAGUGAGAGAAUUGUCUUAAUGAGAAUAACUGAAGAUAAGGGCAUGAUUUUAAUCUUUCUAUACAAAUUUGGGGAGAUUUUAUAUUAAAACUAGUAAAAUGCUGGAAACACUUUUAAUAGUGCGUCUUAUUUUUGUUAUCAGAAAUGUUGUCCCAGUCUCUUCAUACUAUCAACAUCUUGUUCAGUUUUUCAGUGUUACUGUGGAUUUUUUCCAUUUACUAUAUCAAAUCCUUUAUUUGCCGUCAUUUUUUGUUUUCAGUUGCACAUGUACUGAUGGAGAACUCAGUCUGGUUUUCCUCAUUUGUUAUGUUAGGUCUCAGCCCAGCAAAGCACUCACUAGUGCAAAUAACUUCAAACACACACUGGUUCUUCUUUCAAGAACAGGUGAAUGUCAAAUAUGGGCCCUGUAAUGAAUCAGAUACAUCAUUAUCCUGAUACAUGUGCGGGUCCUUCCUGUCCUUCAGGAAGGCACUUGGGACAGUGCAGUGCUGGGUUAGCAGUACUGCAUGUGCUCCAGGUUACAUCACAAAAGACUUGUUCCUACUUCUUGUAAGAAGGCUGCACAAAACUCAGAAGGAUCAAGAAUUUUGCUGAAACACUGUUUGUGUGUGUGUGUAUAUAUAUAUAUUACAUAAUUUAGUAAAAUGGUAAAACAAUAUAUGGUGUCUAGUCUUCACCAUCUUUACUGACUCCUGACUUCUGCAGAGUGGUCUUGUGCUUGGGACAGCCCCCAGAUAGAAAAAUAUAAAGAACUUAAAGUUCUGCUAUCUCUGUAAUACUUAAAAUAGAUGGUAAUUAUUGAGACAGAGAGAGUAUGCAAAGCACUGAAGAUAUAAAAUCUGCUCAGCAGGAGGUUUAGUGAGAAUUUGCUUCUUAUUAAAAGAACCUGAAAUUAAAGCCCUGAUGUGACACACAUGUCUGUGACACAUCAGAAUCCUGGUAUAGUCAACAGGGCUGUUCCUGUAAUUGAGUCAAUGUUCAUUCUUACACUGGCUCUGAAGCCAAAUUAAAUGACAGGGUAAGGGCCUUAAUAAGUUGCAUUUAUCUGAGAGUCUCUUCUAGCUGAACAAAUAUGGUGCUCUUAAAAUUUGUUUUAAAGGUUAACAGCACAUGUUUCAACAUCUUUUUAAUAAAUUUGAUGGUAAUUUGUGAUGUAACCUGUUGCCAAGGAAAGGCACCAGUAUUUUUUUAGCCUGAGAAGAAAAAAAGUUAAAUGUAAUCCAAGCAAAACCAGUGAAGAUGUCUCUGUUCACCCCAUUUUUCAUGGAUCUUUCACAUAAAAUGGGCUUUUUACCUUCUUGCAUUUCACUUUUGUUUAUAGUUUUCCUUUAGUAAAAGUAUUUGUAUUAUAUAUAUUAAAAGUUUUGACAACAUAUUAUAAAAAUAUAUAUUUUGGGAUUUAGUAUUUAAACAUACCACUCGUACAGUGAAUAAAAUGAAAUGGCUUCUAUUGUGUGUAAAAAUAAAUAGAUAUAUAUAUUCAUGGAAGUACUAUCAACUCUUAAUUUUAACAAAUUAUAUAAAUAAAUUGGAAUAACAGUGUAUUUAACACAAAUCAUGUUUUCCAGCAGAAAAAAUUUAGAACUUCAAAGUUCUGUGACUGGAUGUGGAAACCCAUGUAAUUUUCCAACAACUCUUAAUUGCUUUUAAGUGUUCUCCAGCAUUUUACAGUUUCUGAGUUUGAUAUAGCAGUAAAUUUUGAUAAACUCAGGCAUACUAAUGGGUUCAUUUUAAUGGAUCCAGAGCUGCAGUGUCUACAAGCAAUAAAGAACUACCUAGAAUACACUGUAAUUCAAUUUUAGUGCUUGUUAAUUAGUUUAUGUAAGAAACCAUAAAUUAUUAUUACAUAACUGUAAUUUUUGCAAGUGCUAUUUUAAGCAGUUGAUGUGGAAUUGGGUGCAUGUGACACAGCCAGUAUGACAGAGUGCUAGAGUUAUUCUGUUUACAAUAAACAAUCUGAAUUUAA